UAUAUGAAUCUUUGCUUUAAGGUUUGCUAAGAAUAACUUGGGCUUAGAUCGAACACUUCGCACGAUCAGCGCGUACAACAUCGAUCGUAUGAUCGGUUGUUAUAAAAGUCGCAAGGACAUAACGACGAGACAUUAGUCGAAAUCUAUAAACGCAACGCGCGAAGUCGUCUACAAUCGUCUAUAAGAAAAAAUUUUCAAAGAAAAAAAAAGAAAAUAAAUUAUAGAUUAAAUAAAAAACAAAAAAUACGUUUUUUUAUGAGAAACAAAAAUUAACAAAAUAAAAUGCCAUUUGUGUUAUAUGCAAGAAAUAUUUUUUAAAAAUAUAAAUAAAAUAUAACAAACAAGAUAAAACUAAAAGAAACAUAUAUUGAGACUAUGAGGGCAAUAAAAGUGUGAAUAAAAGUGCAACAAUAAAAAAAUUAUAUGCCCAAAAAAGAAGAAGAAACCAAAAUUUCGAAAGUUGUGAAUCCAAAAGAAAAGCAUGAGAACUUUUGUUGUAAAAAAUUUACAAAACUAAAAUAAAGUUGGAAGAAAAACAAAAAACUACAAGAUUUGUUUAAACAAUAAAUCAAAAAGAAAUUUUCUAUCACAAGAACAAGAAAAAGUUAAUUAUCCUUUCAAAAUGUUGCUCACCGAUUCGUAUUUUAUUAAAUUCAUGGUUCGCCAAUUCAAAAUCAAUGACAUGCAACAUUUGCUCCUUGUCUUCAUCUCCAUACUGACCAUCAUCAGUUUCCUGCAAUGGGUGGUGAAUUUGUAUCGUGAGCUGAGACGCUUGCCGCCAGGACCCUGGGGUCUACCCGUCAUCGGCUAUUUGCUGUUUAUGGGCAGUGAAAAACACACCCGUUUCAUGGAAUUGGCCAAAAAAUACGGUUCCCUAUUCUCCACCCGGCUGGGUAGCCAAUUGACCGUGGUGAUGAGUGAUUAUAAAAUGAUACGUGAAUGUUUCCGACGGGAAGAGUUUACGGGUAGGCCGGAUACACCAUUUAUGCAGACCUUGAAUGGUUUUGGCAUUGUCAACAGUACCGGUAAAUUGUGGAAGGAUCAAAGACGUUUCUUGCACGAGAAAUUGCGUCAAUUUGGCAUGACUUAUAUGGGCAAUGGCAAGCAUAUCAUGGAGAAACGUAUUAUGAUUGAAGUCCACGAAUAUAUGCACAAUUUACGCAUUUCCGAUGGCCAACCCAUGGACAUGGCACCAGCCAUUUCCGUUGCCGUUAGCAAUGUGAUUUGCAGUAUUCUGAUGUCGGUACGCUUUAGCAUUGAUGAUCCGAAAUUUAGACGUUUUAAUUUCCUCAUUGAAGAGGGUAUGCGUUUGUUUGGUGAAAUUCAUACCGUCGAUUAUAUACCCACGGUCCAGUAUUUCCCCAGCAUUUUGACGGCCAAAAAUAAGAUAGCCAAAAAUCGUGAAGAAAUGCAGCGAUUCUAUCAGGAUGUCAUUGAUGAGCACAAGAAAACGUAUGAUCCCACCAAUAUCAGGGAUUUGGUUGAUUUCUAUUUGGCCGAAAUCGAGAAGGCCAAAUUGGAGGGUCGCGAUCAGGAUUUGUUUGAGGGCAAGAAUCAUGAGGAACAAAUUGUCCAGGUCAUUAUCGAUUUAUUCUCAGCCGGCAUGGAAACCAUUAAGACCACCCUGCUGUGGAUCAAUGUGUUUAUGCUGCGCAAUCCUGAGGCCAUGAAACGUGUCCAAGAUGAACUGGAUCAAGUUGUGGGCCGUCACCGCCUGCCCUCCAUUGAAGAUCUCCAGUAUUUACCCAUCACAGAAAGUACCAUCUUGGAGUCAAUGCGUCGUUCCAGCAUUGUACCAUUGGCCACCACACACUCACCCACAAGAGAUGUCGAAGUGAAUGGUUACAAAAUCCCCGCCGGUUCCCAUGUCAUUCCCCUGAUCAACAGUGUGCACAUGGACCCCAAUUUGUGGGAGAAACCCGAAGAAUUCAAUCCCCGUCGUUUCCUCGAUUCCGAAGGUAAAGUACACAAACCCGAGUACUUUAUUCCAUUCGGUGUGGGACGUCGUAUGUGUUUGGGUGAUGUAUUGGCACGCAUGGAAUUGUUCCUUUUCUUUGCAUCGUUUAUGCAUUCCUUCAAUAUUACACUGCCCGAGGGACAGCCAUUGCCAAGUUUAAAGGGUAAUGUGGGAGCCACCAUCACACCGGAAGCUUUCAAAGUGUGUCUGACACCCAGACCGUUGCAAUUGAACACAACAACAGUGGAUCCACAUCAUAUGCGUAAUGUUGGCUCAAAUUAGAUGGCGAGGUGCGACAACCCGAAAAAAAAACAAUGGAGAACAAUGGAAUUGUUCGUGUAAUCAUUAUGUGAGAGGAAAAUCAUUCUUUUAAGAGCUUUCAUCUUGAGAGGGAGCGUAAAAUUGAAGGGAGAGAGAAUGUUCAACAGACAAAGAGAGAGAGAGUCCAACAAACUGCCGAGAAAGUUCGUGUGACCCUCAAGUGAGAGGAAGCAAGGAUUCAAAUGCAGAGCACGGUUAAGUUCCUGAAUGACGUUUUGUUUUUUUAAGAAUUCGUAAAGAAAAUCUUUCUUUCAAACGUCUUUAAUGAAAGAAAAUGAGUGUGAGCAGCAACACAAAGACUCUCAACCAAUCUCUCUCUCCCCCAUUAUUCAAAAAUCUCUCAAGAAAAUUGUUCUCUACAUGUUAGAAAAAAGAAGAAUUUCCAAAGAAAUUAAGUAUACGUCGUAAUUCGUGAAAAACGCUAAUUGAUAUAUGAUUAGCCUUCAGCGCAUAUGAAAACAAAAGCAACAACAACAACAAAAUAGUUCAAUUUGUUAGAGAAAAAAAAAAAACAACACCGAAAGAGAAAUCAGAACAAAAGAGAAAUCGCAAAACAAAACAAAAAAAAGAACAAAUUCUAUUCUUUUACCCCCUAGAAGCUGUGUUCAAUAAACAACAACAUGUAUUUUAUAUUAUAGAUUUACAACAACAAACAAACAAAAUAGCUAUAAGUCAACAACAACAACAACAAACAAAUAUUUAUAAAACAAACAAAAACGCGAAUUAAAAACAAAAAUCUGUGGUUUAGCUUAGAUAACAUCUUCCCCCACCCCCUCACAUCGAGGCAAAGAGAAAGUUUGCAAGGAGAGCAACAGAGAAUGGCAGCUAACGAAUGAACCCAAGGCCACAAAAGAAAAAUAGAAAGCUCAGUGGAAAAUAGAGAGAGAGAGAGUAACGAAAUAUUUCGUUAUUUAAUUUGUUUCUCUCUCUCUCCCCCUCUCAAAGCAAGCUGAGCAUUCUGGGAGUCUUUAAGUUUUGAAACCAGUGAGGCUUUAAGUCAAGUUUUAUAAUUAAUUUUAUUUUAGAACAGCAGUAAAGUGAUAAAGCUCAAAGCUCUCUCUAUUUCUCCCAUUAACAAAAAAAAUCUUAAAGUGGUCAUCAAACUCUGGCUCUCUUGGAAAUUUUCUCUUUGUUCCUAUAUUGUACACAAAUAUCAUGAAAAUGCAUAUUAUUUAGUUUUGUAAGCUCUCAUAGGACCCUACGAAAAAUUAAAAAAAAAAACAAAAACACAAAAAAUAAAACGAAUAAAUUGUAUAUAAACCAACUCUCACACACACAUAUAAAUCUAUAAGAUUCAUAGUGCCACCAUUCAAUCAUAUGGAAAUAUUUACUAGCAACAUUACUAUCCCACGCCCCAGACCUCCCCCCACAACCCCUUAAAUAUCUUUUGUAAAUAUAUAUUUUUAUAUAAAAUAUACCCCAGCCCCUCCCGCCUCCGAUCACAAUAAGUUAUAAGUCUAUGUUGUUUUUUA